AUGGGCACUCUUACUCCUCCGCAUGAAUUCUAUGGGCCGCAGGGAUGGACCAGGAUGUACUCCAGUGGGAGGAGGUACGAGACAGUGGUCGUUGGUGCAGGCGCAGGUGGUAUCGGGGCUGUUGGGAAUCUGCUCGAGGUGCAGAAGGGUCCGAUCUUGUGGGCUGAUGAGUUAUUCGACGGAGGAAGGCUCAACAAGUAUUACCGCGAGGUGCCUUCGAAUACCAAGGCCAAGUUCUUCACCAAAUACGCCGAAGGUGUCGAGGUAUUCAGGAAAAUCGCGAAGGAGACCCCUGAACCCAACGCCAUGAGCCGUCUCCUCAGCCUCAACCCAGAGAAGACAUGUCACAUCGCACAAGCAGCAGACCUGUGUCUGAUGUUGACAAAUGGGCUGGAUGAGCAGAAAGGGGUCACAAAGCACCAAGGCAGAGUCACCGAUGCAACAUGGUCAAACUCAACUUGGAGCGUUUCGAUCUCACCACCCAGCGGCUCUUCACCACCCACACAAGUCGACGCCAGCAGGCUUGUCCUGUGCACCGGCUCCUCACCCACCAGCGGCCCUCUCCCCGUCAGUCACCUGCAGGAACUCCACCUUGACACCGCCCUCUCGCCCACACUCCUCUCCAAACUCCUCCCCACCAACCAGCCCACGCAGAUCGGCGUGAUCGGCGCCUCCCACUCCGCCAUCCUCGUCCUGCGCAACCUGUCCCGCCUGGCUUCCAGCACCCACCCCCGGUUACGCAUCAAGUGGUUCACCCGCCAUCCUCUCCGGUACGCCGAGGAGCGCGACGGAUGGAUCCUGCGGGACAACACGGGUCUCAAGGGCGAGGUCGCGAGCUGGGCGCGCGAGAACCUGGAGGAGGAGGUCCUGUCCUCGUCUUCCGUCUCGGGCCACCUCGUCAAGAUCGCGACCAGCCACGGCGACGAGACGGACACGUACAAGCGCGAGCUGGCGGACUGCACGCACGUGUGCCAGGCCAUCGGAUACAAGCCGGACGCGCUGCCGGAGCUGAGGGUCGAGGGAAGGACGGUGACGCCCAGGUUCGAGAACACGACGGGCUCAUUCGUCGACUUGGAGUCUGGGGCGAGGAUACAGGGGCUGUUUGGUGCUGGUAUCGCGUUCCCACAGCGGGUGGUUGAUCCCGAAGGGAACGUGGAGCAUGCGGUUGGGCUGUUCAAAUUUAUGAACUUUUUAAAGAAGGUGGUUCCGGAAUGGUAG